ACUACACAAACUCGCUCUAGCCGCUCGGAACCGCCGCCGCCGUCCGGUGCACAUCGUGGAAGCCAGUCGGAGCUCCACGGCCCCCGCACGAGGACGCCGCGAAAACGUUAAUCAUGAAGGGCAACCUGCUGUUGCUGGCCUUGCUGGUCGCAGCCAUCUGCGCCGUCGACGCCCAGAAACACCGUAGACGUCACAAGCGUCUCCGCACAACGACCACCACCACCGUAGCACCGACGUCGGAGGAGCACCGCGGUGACGCCGAGGACAGCGAAGACGCCGAGGCUGAUCAUCUCGAGAUGGGCAUGAUAGAGAGGGAGGACGAGAGGCGGUACCAGGAAGCACAGCGGAAACGUCUGAACGAGAUUGGAGCCGACAUCAAUGAUGUAUUCCCCGAAGGUGCCGAUCCGUGCCUAAAGGUCCACUGCAGCGCUGGUCGUGUUUGCGAAAUCGAUGAACACGGCGAGGCCGUCUGCAACUGCAUCAAGGAGUGCCCUGAUGAGACAGACCUGCGCCGCAAGGUAUGCACCAACCACAACGAGACCUGGCCCUCCGACUGCGAGGUCUACCAGCAGCGCUGUCUCUGUCUCGACGGCUCAGAGGUCUGCAAAGGCCCCGAGUUCCACCAUCUUCAGAUCGAGUACUACGGCGAGUGCCGCGAGAUGCCCGAAUGCACUGAAAGCGAGAUGGCCGACUUCCCCCGACGCAUGCGCGACUGGCUCUUCAACAUCAUGCGCGACCUCGCCGAGCGUCGCGAACUCUCCGCACACUUCCAACGUAUGGAACGCGAGGCCGAAGCCAACCUUACCAGGAGAUGGACUAAUGCUGCUAUCUGGAAGUGGUGUGACUUAGACGCCCAUGACAAUGACAGAUUUGUGUCCAAACACGAGCUCUUCCCAAUCCGGGCUCCGCUGAUGGCCCUGGAGCACUGCAUCGCGCCCUUCCUCGAACUGUGCGACGCGGACCGCGACCACCGCAUCACCCUCGCCGAGUGGGGCAAGUGCCUCGAGCUGGACGAGACGGAGCUGGAGGAUCGCUGCGAUGAGUUCAUCGGCGACGGCGAAAGCGUCGAGGAGUCAUAAGCCGCGCUCAACGCAACGCUGCUAUGGACGAAGAAUAUCAAGACACCACGUCAGACGAACGAAGCUGUGACUUCAUCAGUUAUCGGGUUUGUGCCAAUCACCGCUCGGCCCUCGAAUCGUGAAUGUGUGCGUGCGCUCGUAAAUAUAAAUCGGCAUGUUAUGGAGUCACAGUUUUGUCAUGGCGACAUUAUCCGUGGUGUUUUAGGUCCAUGAACACUGCCAUACUUAACUAAGUUAUAACCUCACGAGCAAUGUACAGAAGUGCAGAUUUUUUUUUAACUGGAAAGUUCUCGAACCUAAAGAAAUAUUUAAAGGCAAUUUCUAGAGUUAAAUUUGGUAGAAAUAUUUUGUAUUGCCUUGUCGCGUCGAAUAAUAUAAAUUCUGAGAACUUUCAAUAAAAAAAUAUCACAGCAUUGAAAACUUAAUCUCAGUGCAUUGCUAGUUAAUACUUAACCUUAGUUAUUAGCUCUUGAAGUACCCUAGGUUACUGUACAGUUCAUUUAAGAAUACUCGACAACAUUGUCUUUAUUUUGUAAUACAAUUAAUGUACUGUGAUGCCACAACCAAAAAAGGUUAAGAUUUUUUUAUUAAUAUACUUAAAACUACAAA